ACGCUAACUGUCACCUCAAGCUAAUGGCUGCAGUUAGCUUAACCUUGAAGUGGUAUUUAAUUUACAGUUCUAUAUUUUUGGCUGUAAUCAGUUAUUUCAGUGCACCUUAUUAAAAUAAGUGAACAAGCUAAUUUAAACACUGUUCAUCGAAGGUGUUUUACAGGCUGCAUCACAGUAUUCCUCCAGAUGUUAUGAGAAACCAUGAUGACGUCAUGAGCCCAUGCAGACAGUCUCCUCUUGCAGCCUCUGAGCGGAUGAAGCCCGUGAUUUUAACCAACAACAAAAGGACUCCAUGUCUUUCUUGGGGCAGCAUAUCACAAUUACUGCAUCGCCCUCAAGCUCCAUGUCCUCUCCACUCCUCUGUUGUCCUUUGGGGUGUCUCUCACCUGUGCUCCUCCCCCUUCACCAGGACUGUUCCUGCAUAUUCCACACUCAGGUCCAGCCCAUGGACAUAGAGGAGCGUUAUGAGGACAUCAGCCACCAGUUCCUGAGCUCUGACUGUUCUGAAUACACUCUGCAAGGUCCAGCAGGUGGCGAUGACAUCACAGGGCUGUCACCUGAGCCAACCCACUACCAGCUACUGGCCGAGCUGGGGAGGGGCUUCAACAACCUGAGCCAGGUGAACAUGGCACGCCAUACCCCCACCGGCCAACUGGUGGCAGUCAAACACACCAACCUGGACGAGUGUACAGAGGAAGAAUUGCUACAGCUCAUGAAUGAGGUCCUGCUGUCCAGGCUGUUCCGUCACAAAAACUUCCUGACAUCGCGACUGGUUUUCAGCUCCUGCUCCCAGCUCUGGGUCCUGACGCCUCUCAUGUCUUAUGGCUCUGCAGACACCUUACUGAGGACAUAUUUUCCAGAUGGAAUGAGUGAAUCCUUGAUAGCGUACCUGCUGUAUGGCGUGCUCAAGGCAUUGGAAUACCUUCACCGGAUGGCCUACAUUCACCGGGGUGUGAAGGCUAGCCAUAUCCUGCUGUCAGGAGAGGGCCACGUCUACCUCUCAGGGCUCCACAGUGUUUACAGUAUGAUGCGUGAGGGAAAGAGGAUGAGAGCCGUGUUUGACAUGCCCCACCACAGCCCUUCCCUGCUGCCCUGGCUCAGCCCUGAACUACUGCGGCAGGACCUGCAUGGGUAUGGAGUGAAAUCAGAUAUCUACAGUUUGGGUAUUGUGGCCUGCGAGCUGGUCAGUGGCAGGGUGCCCUUCCAAGAUAUGCCACCUACUCAGAUGUUGCUGCAGAAGCUGCGUGGCUCACACUGCUGCCUGCUCGAUGUGGCUCCCUUCCCGCUGGGUGAGCUGGGAGGCCUGAAGGUGUCACGGUCUGGAGUUGAUUCUGGCAUUGGGGAGAGCGUGAUCACUGGAAUCCUGACGCACAGUGCCACUGCCCCUCCAGCUGACCGACCUCAAAGCCCCGGACCUAAGAACCACUCCGUCACCCUGCACAAUUUGGUCCAGCUGUGUCUGCAGCAGCAGCCCGAGCGCAGACCAUCAGCUUCGACACUGCUGACCCAUGCCUUCUUCAAGCAGGUUGGUGUUCAACACAGUGAAGAGACACACCAGAGAGUCCUUCCUUGGCCUCAUGUACCCAGCAGUGCCCCUCACGAGCUCCGACGACCCUCCAGUAUCCUGUCCCCCUGCCCCGCCCUGUCACACACCACCAUCACGUGGCAUCGACACAGCCGAGGCGGUGUGGGACUUCUCCUAACCCCACGUCACUCGAGCUAGCAAGCCAAACACAGGACGACCAAAAGAGAAGCAAUGAGGCCAAAUUCUACUGUGGAUUUUUUUAAGAACAUAAACCCGACUGAGCCUUUUUUUUAAACUAGUUUUAUAGUUUUUUUUUUUCUUUUGAUAUAUAUGUUUGUACUUUGUGUUGUUGGGGGAGUAUGGCGACUGUGAAUUUGCUGGAUAAAAGAAUCUGCUGUGAUCUUUUAAUGAGCUGUAAUAAUAACGUGUUGUUAAUGACAACAAUCAAAUGCUUCCUCUGAGAUGAAGGCAACUAUGGUUUAAAGGAAAAAUCCACCCUCAAAUAUUUUGUUAAUAGCAUUUCACUGUGCUUAUUGUGUCUGCAAGUUUUUCAAAAUAAAUCUUGUUUUUUAAUUGAUUGGAGUUAGCUCUUCAAAAUAAGUCUAUCGACUCAGCAGUCUCAUGUGACAAAACCCAUUAUUGAGGUCACAGAGAUAUGAAUGCUGUUAACAGACACCAGUGCACUGCAAACAUACAAGUUGCAUAUCUAGGAAGUGCUGCAACUUUCUCUCAGUUGGGCAAAUUCUUAUUUGUCAACUUCAUCUAGCCAUUGUUGUGAAGCUGCUUAAAAAUCAUUGUGGGAAAUUGAGGAUGUCUCUAAUUAAAUAAAUUACAAAAUAGGGGAAAAUGGUGUAGUAGGGGUUUUAAAAAAUACAUUAGGGUAUGCGAGGGUGGAUUUUUCUUCUUUCUCUGUUUUAAAGCCUUAUGAUGACUGUGAAGAAUAUAGAGGCAGAUGAAAUGUCAGCGAUUGCUCGCAAUAAAUAAUCGAGUUUGGCAAAAUUUUGAGAUGUAUAGUGGACAGUGCUGUGCAAAAACAAAAAUUGAAAGCAGUUUAAAAUUUUGAUAAUUCACUUUUUUCUUCUUUAUAAUCAGUAAGUCAACAGCCAAUUAAAUUUGAAAUGUACACACAUUUGUAUUCCAAUAGAAAUAAGUUAAUGCAAGAAACAGAGCCAUUAUCUAUUGAUAUCAUUUUAUUAAAAAUAAAAUCUGUCAUGGUAGGUGCCCAGUACACGACAACACAAAGGCAAAUGCCAGUAAUCAGUUGAUAAAAAUAACAUUACUGUGAAAACCUAAUUUACCACAAAUAAAGUUUCACUGUAACUUGCAGAUUACAUAAAAAAAUAAUGCAUUUUAAAAUGUGAAAAGUGGUCAUACAUUGCACUUAUUUGCAUCGAUUUAUUUAUAAUAGAAAUAAUCAAGUCUAUAUUAUAUUUUUGCAUUGAUAAUAAUUGCAUAUUAUGUUAAUUAUUGAAUGCUAUUUACCAAAUAUUACAUAUUUAGCAGCUUUUCAGUAUUUUUAAAAGCCAACUAAGACUUUUGCACAGUGCUGUAUUAUAAAACGUGAGGCCAGAAAUGUGGUAAAUAUGUUUUUGGAUUGCUGAAUAGCAGUUAGAACUGACUUUUUAAUUUGUACUGUUUUGCAUUAACAGGUUUUAUUGCCCUGAUGUCAUUAUAAUGAUGUAGCUGCAAUUUCCUGCCAUUUUUGUUGAUUGUAUUUUAAAGUGUGAGUAGACUAACUGUGGGGAUUUUUAGAAAAUAAGUCCUGUAUCGGCUUUGAGCUGGGCUGGUGCUUAUCCGUGGAUAUCAUAGCAGGAAGCCGAUGAGUGUCUCCAGCGCCACCUGGAAGGGACACCAGUUUGUCGCAGGUUACUCCCCCAGCCAGGAUCGGUACAUGACAUCACAUAUGUGUAAGGACAAAUGGGACAAUGUGCAACCUGGACUCUGGAAAAGAGCACUUGAGCAAUAUAUGAUAUUUAGUAUUCCACGAGUUCAAAACCAUCAGUAAAAAAAAACAGUAUUUUUCCUGCCCUCAUCAUGCCGAAAGAAAAGUUCUGCUGUGUUGUGUGAUCACUUGUCCAGCAAUGCCUUUGUGUUUUCAUGAAAUAUACUGUAUUUGCAAUAGUGAUUUCUUUGUAACUGUGAUCAUCUGGACUGUGUAGAAUGACUGAUUUACAGUACGCAGACAUGGUAACUAUGAGCCUUAUGUAUACAUGUAAUAUAAAUUAUAGCUCCAAAUGUGA